CGGAAGUGACGUAACCCUCCCCAAAACAGCUGAGCUGACGUUACGACAGCAGGAAUGGAGUUGGCACACAGUUUACUGCUGAAUGAAGAAGCCCUGGCUCACAUCACUGAAGCCAAGAGAGCCGUCUUCAUAUUCGAGUGGCUCAGGUUUCUGGAUAAAGUUAUUAUUGCAGCUAAUAAGGUUGAUGUGAAGGAGAAACAGAAGAAGUUGGUGGAACAGCUGACGGGUUUGAUCAGCAGCUCUCCUGGCCCGCCCACCAGAAAACUCCUGGCCAAGAACUUGGCUGUUCUCUACAGCAUCGGAGACACCUUCACCGUCUUCCAGACGCUCGACAAGUGUAAUGACAUCAUCAAGAGUAAAGACGACACGCCGGCGUAUCUACCCACCAAACUUGCUGCAGUGGCCUGUGUCGGGGCGUUCUACGAGCGAAUGGGCCGAAUGUUGGGCAGCUCUUUUCCUGAAACCAUCAAUAACCUCCUCAAGGCUCUGAAGAGCGCAGAGUCUCAGGGUCGAGGUGAGAUCCUGCUCAGUUUGCAGAAGGUCCUUCACGGUCUGGGUGGGGCGGCCUCCUCCUGUCACAGAGAUAUUUACAAGAACGCACGAUCCCUGCUGACUGACAGAUCCAUGGCCGUCCGCUGCGCUGUCGCAAAGUGUUUGUUAGAGCUUCAGAACGAGGCGGUGUUCAUCUGGACCACUGAGCUGGAGAAUGUGGCCACGCUGUGUUUUAAAGCUCUUGAAGGCUCAACGUAUGGUGUACGUGUUGCUGUCUCCACACUCCUGGGAACCGCCAUGGCCACAGCACUGAUGCCCAAACAGGCCACAGUAAUGCGUCAGAAUGUGAAGCGAGCGACACUGGAGGAGGUUCUGGAGUUGAUGGCCACAGGUUUCCUCCGUGGAGGUUCUGGCUUUCUGAAGAGCGGAGGAGAGAUGCUGAAGGGAGCGUCCGUCAGUCGGGAGGUGCGGGUUGGUGUCACGCAGGCAUACGUUGUGUUCGUUACCACACUGGGAGGUCAGUGGUUGGAACGUAACUUCGCUGCAUUUUUAUCUCAUUUACUGGAGCUGGUGGCUCACCCACGGGCCACACAGACUCACGUCGAGGCUGUAUAUUCACGCCGCUGUGUCUCCUUCGCCUUGCGCGCGACUCUGGGCGGUCUUCUGGGCGAGAAGGCUCAAAUCGCCGCUGCUAAGGAAAUCUGUCUGGCCAUCAGCAAACAGAUGAAAGCUGUGGAGGCUGUAGUGAACGACCCCAGCGGUGAGAACCGGACCGGAGCUGCGGACGUGUCAGCUAGUCAGCAUGUGAUGGUGUGCGCUCUUAAAGAACUGGGCAGUCUGGUGCAGAGUCUGAGCGCUACUGCGUCCCCUCUCAUCCAGGACCCAUCUGUCGCAGGUUUUUUGGAGACGGUAACGUCGGUGCUGUUGCACCCGAGCAUGGCGGCCCGUCUGGCAGCGGCCUGGUGCCUGCGCUGUGUUGCCGUAGCCGUGCCGCACCAGCUGACGCCUCUGCUGGAGCGCUGCGCUGAAUGCAUCAAUAACCUGAAGAACUCACCGGAGGCCGUCAGCGGCUAUAGCUUUGCCAUGGCUGCUCUUCUGGGUGGAGUCUAUCAGUGUCCACUGGGCAUCCCACACUCCAAGGGCAAGAUGGUGGUGAGUAUAGCUGAAGAUCUUCUGCGUUCUGCAUCUCAGAACAGCCGUCUGUCUCUGCAGAGGACUCAAGCAGGCUGGCUGCUCCUAGCUGCUCUCAUGACUUUAGGACCAUCUCUGGUGCGCUACCACCUGCCCAAGAUGUUGCUGCUGUGGCGUAACGUGUUUCCUCGCUCUCAGAAAGAGCUGGAGGCCGAGAAAGCGCGAGGAGACUCCUUUAGCUGGCAGGUGAUGCUGGAGGGACGUGCCGGCGCUCUGUGCGCCAUGCGCAGCUUUGUGGCUCAUUGUCCAGAGCUGUUGACUGAGGACGUGAUCCGUAGGCUGAUGACACCCAUCGAGUGCGCAAUGACCAUGAUGUCUCAUGUUCCCGCAGUGAUAAAGGUUCACGGUGCUCAUCUGAAGGCUAGUGCUGCAAUGGUCCGUCUGCGACUCUAUGACAUACUGGCUCUACUGCCGCCCAAAACAUAUGAAGGCAGUUUUAACGCUUUGCUGAGGGAGUUGGUGGCCGAGUUCACGCUGACAGACAACUCGGCCAACACCACAGCCUCUCUUCUGCGCUCGCUCUGUCAUUAUGACGACAGUGUACUGAUGGGGUCAUGGCUCCAGGAAACAGAUCACAAAUCCAUUGAAGAUCAGCUGCAGCCCAACAGCGCAUCGGGCAGUGGAGCUCUGGAGCACGACCCGUCCUCCAUUUACCUGCGAGUACCUGUAGGCGAGGCUGUCCCCGGACCGCUGCCGCUGGGUGUGUCGGUCAUCGAUGCAUCCGUCGCUCUGUUUGGAGUGGUCUUUCCACAUGUCUCGUUCAAACACAGAUUGCAAAUGCUGGAUCACUUUGCUGAGUGCAUUAAACAAGCUAAAGGUGUCCGUCAACAGGCUGUCCAGCUGAACAUUUUCACCGCGGUGCUGAGCGCCCUCAAGGGACUGGCUGAAAACAAGAGCAGCCUCGGCCCAGAGGAGGUACGGAAGUCUGCUCUGGCGCUGGUGAUGGGAGCGUUGGACAACCCUAACCCGAUCCUGCGGUGUGCUGCUGGAGAAGCUCUGGGGAGAAUGGCUCAGGUCGUAGGAGAAGCUUCUUUCAUCGCCAGGAUGGCACAGCACAGCUUUGACAAGUUGAAGUCGGCGCGUGACGUGGUGUCCAGGACGGGCCACUCUCUGGCUUUAGGCUGUCUCCAUCGGUACGUGGGAGGCAUCGGCUCGGGUCAGCACCUGAAGACCAGUGUAAGCAUCCUGCUGGCCCUGGCUCAAGAUGCCACGUGUCACGAGGUGCAGACGUGGGCCCUGCACUCUCUGGCUCUCAUUGUGGACUCCAGCGGGCCCAUGUAUAGGGGUUAUGUGGAGCCCACCCUGUCUCUGGUGCUGACUCUGCUGCUGACCGUCCCUCCGUCACACACAGAGGUGCAUCAGUGUCUGGGCCGCUGUCUCGGGGCGCUCAUCACCACUGUGGGCCCAGAACUGCAGGGUAACAGCGGCACUAUCUCUACCAUCCGUUCCUCAUGUCUGGUGGGCUGCGCCAUCAUGCAGGAUCACUCUGAUUCGCUGGUUCAGGCAGCUGCCAUCUCCUGUCUGCAGCAGCUUCAUAUGUUCGCCCCGCGUCACGUCAACCUAACCAGCCUAGUGCCCUGCCUCUGUGUGCACCUGUGCAGCUCUCACCUGCUGCUACGGCGCGCCGCUGUGGCAUGUCUCAGGCAGUUAGCGCAGAGAGAGGCGGCAGAGGUCUGCGAAUACGCCAUGAGUCUGGCCAGAAGAGCUGGUGACGGCAAAGACCAUGCAAACAUCAAUCUGAACAUCACGGAGACGGGCUUAGAAGGGGUUCUGUUUGGAAUGCUGGACCGUGAGACGGAUAGGAAGUUGUGUUCAGACAUUCAUGACACGCUGGGUCACAUGCUCUCCUCUCUGGCUGUGGAGAAACUUCCUCACUGGCUAAAACUCUGCAAAGAUGUGCUAGCGGCUACCACAGAGGUUGGUGGAACUGUUGUGUCUGACGGCAGACGUAAGGAGGAGGAUGAAGACUCCGAGAAGAAGGACGAGAUGGAUGAUGACAUCAUGUUCUCAACACUGGGUCAAGAUGACAAAUCCAAACCCUCCGUAGCCCCUCGCUGGGUGACGCGUGUAUUUGCUGCCGACUGUUUGUGUCGAAUCAUUCAUCUGUGUGAAAAUGCAGACAAAGCUCACUUCGACCUGUUGGCCGCCCGCGUUGCCAAGGAUAAGAACCCUGCAGGUGAUUAUCUGGUGCUGCACCUGUGUGAUUUGAUUCGCAUGGCCUUCAUGGCUGCGACGGAUCACAGUAACCAGCUGCGGAUGGCCGGUCUGCAGGCUCUGGAGGUCAUCAUUAAGAAGUUUGCAGCUGUGCCUGAACCAGAGUUCCCCGGUCAUGUCAUACUGGAGCAGUACCAGGCCAACGUUGGUGCGGCACUUCGGCCAGCAUUUUCUCCUGAUACACCCUCGGACAUCACAGCCAAAGCCUGUCAGGUAUGCAGUGCGUGGAUUGGAAGUGGUGUUGUCAGCGAUCUCAAUGACUUGCGUCGUGUCCACAACCUGUUGGUCUCCUCUCUGGACAAAGUUCAGACCGGCAAGGGUCCAUCCAGCCAGCUGUACAGCGAGAGCGCCACCACCAUGGAGAAGCUGGCCGUCCUGAAAGCGUGGGCCGAGGUAUUUGUAGUGGCUAUGAAUAUAAAGAAAGAGUGUCAGUCUAGAGAAGCUCACGAUGAUAACGAUGAGGAAGAAGAAGAGGAACAGGAGGAGCGAGAUGAAAGAGACAUUCUGCCUCCGGACAGUCUAAUGACGUUAGUUCAGCCCGAGCUGCCGGCUCUCAGUCGUCUAUGGCUGGCGGUGUUGAGGGAUUACGCUCUGUUAACUCUGCCUGCUGAAUUCUCCAGCCAGCUGCCACCAGAGGGAGGGGCUUUCUACACCCCAGAGACUAUAGAUACAGCACGUCUUCACUAUCGUAACUCGUGGGCAUCUAUCCUGAAUGCAGAGGCUCUUUGGCUCAGCAGCACGGGCUUCGGGACCCGUGAGGACGCUCCGGAGGGCAAGGCUGGCCCCUUCAAAGUGCCCAGCGUGGCUCCUGUUCCCGGCCAAAACCCACAGGAUCUAGUGAAGGACCGACUGCACCUUCUUCUGGGCAUCAGCAUUGAGUUCUUGUGUUUUCCUCGUGCCGAGGAGCCCAUCGAGGAUGUGAUGUCAUGUCUGCAUGCUCUCUGCACACUGCUGGACUCGUCUGCUGCCCGCACACACAUCGCUGAGGACCAGUUGCUGGCUGUGGAGCUGCUGAAUGUGCUUCAUCGACUCUUAUUAACACGAGAUCCGCCCAGCGUACAGCUGCAGGUGAUUGCAGUUGUGCAGAAAAGCAUCCGUGCCGCCCAAGAGCACCUGGAGCGCAUGAGGGCUGUAGAGGACGCUGGAGAUCCAGGAAAGCUGCUCGGGGAAGGUGGCGACACCGGGGAGCUCGUUCCAGGAAACUCUCUGGUGUUUGCAGCGAUGGAGCUGCUGGUUUUCAUCUUGGUGCGUCACUUGCCGCAACUGAAAGAGAAGGAUAGCGAUACUGUCAGACAUCCAGCUCAACAUCUGUCAGAAGACAGCAGCCGUCUGGUGGCCGCCACAGUCACAGCCCUGGCAGAGCUGCCGUCUCUCUGCUCGCCUGCAGGAAGUAUGACCAUCCUGCCCACGGUUCUGUUUCUCAUCACUGGGGUUCUGAGAGAGACGGCGGCAAAAACAUCCGUCCCGACGCUUGUGUCUGCGGCUCUGCAGGGCAUUAAAACCCUCCUCAGCUCUCCUCCGGCAAGAGUUCAGAAGACUCAGACGCAGUGGAGUGAUUUGGUCCGGAGCAGUUUGGCCACAGUACUGGAGUACUCGCAACCCGACGUGUCUGGAUCCAGUGCGGAUGAAGUCAGUUUGCUGACAGCCAUCACACUGUUUUUGCUGUCAGCCAGCGGCGAGCUGGUCGGCGUCUCUGUUCUUCAGAAAGGGUGCUUCGACCGUUUCAGACACGGACUCAAUUCAACUGAACCCCUGAUUCAGGCUCGCUGUUAUCAGCUCCUGCUGUCCGUCUUCCAGCAUUCCUGCCGCAGUCUGUCCGUGCCGUACAUCCACACGUUAGCACCGGUGCUGGUGGAGAAGCUCAAGGCCGUCGAGCACAGGCGACCGUCCACACCUGCUGAGCUUCAGGCCGUGCAGGAAGGGGUUAAAGUGUUGGAGACCCUUGUGGCCAUGGGAGAGGAACAAAACCGAGUUCAGUUAUUGGCUCUGUUGGUGCCAACCCUUGUGUCGUACCUUUUGGAUGAGGCAGCGUGCUCCUCAGCCCCCGCAAGCUCAAAGGGCCUGCACGAGUUUGCUCUUCAGAACCUCAUGCACAUUGGACCCCUGUACCCAGUCGCUUUCAAGACUGUUAUUGGAGCGGCACCCGAGCUGAAGACCCGCCUUGAGAGUGCCAUCAGAUCCAGACAAGCCAACAGUAAAGCCAAUGCUAUGGCCAGACAGCCCCAGCAGAUGGUGCAGGCCACACCCACCAUCAAACUUAAGACCAGCUUCUUCUAGACCCUCUGAAUGCCUCUGCAUGUUAUUUCAAGAUUACAGUGAAGUUGUGAUGUGCUUUAUGAUCUAGUGAAAAAUAAGGCAUGAUGUUUGCUGUAUGCCUUUGGGUAGUUUAAAUCAAUGAAUGACACCUGUCACAUGAAGUUACUAAAUACUCCAAGUUCUCAACUGUUAUUAUAUGUUAUUUUUAUUAAGAUCUAGCUGAAUAAGUACUUCUGUGUUUUACUGUCUUACUCUCAUCUAGUUUUAAAAAGCUAUUUUAUUUUUCUUGAUUAAUGAUUCUUCUACUAUUGAUUGAUAUUUGUUCAUAAACGCACUGCGUUGUCUUGUUAAUCUAAGUGGUAAAUUAGCCUAUUAAAAUGUAGUUACGGUCUCUUGAGUAUUUAUAUUUGGAUGUUUUAAAGCAAAUCACUGUGAGGAACAGCACAUUUUUUUGUAUUGUUGCCUAUGCUUUUAAUAAUCUGAUUGUAACGGUUACUUUUGGCUGUUAUUGUUACAUUAAACAUCUGGAAGUAAUGUCGCUAUUGCAGAUUUCAGAGCAGAGAGUGUGGACAUUGAAAAACCUCUCCAUCAUGUGUGAUAAACUAAUAAUAAAACAAGCGAAAGUGUAUGAAGACUUCACACAAGCUUUUUUCUUUAUGAGCUUAAUUACUGCAUUGGUAUUUAUAAAUGAUAUUCAGAUUUUACAGGUUUGAUGACCAAAUCUUCAAAUUUUUAAAUCUUUUCAUCACUUGAAUAAAAUGAUUUAUCCAGCUGUC